AUUGAGAUCUUCUGUUAGCAAAGAGGAUCCUAGCUGACUAAACGAGUAGUUAAAUUAAGAGCAGCACAUUCGUGAUUGCCAGAUUUAAGUUUCUUCUAAAAUAAAACAUUCAAGCCACUGAUCAAAAAGCACGGAAUAUGUUGCCAUGGAAAAACCAAAAGGGAGAAGGAAAAAACACCCCCCCAUCAUAUUAUGCGCUCCUUUUGUAGCUUUUUAAGACAGGUCUUAAAAUUAAUGCAUAACAGUAACAGAUGAACAAAUGGUAACAUCCCACCUUAUUGUCGUUGGAGAUUCGCAGUCUUUUCAUUAGUUUAACUAACAAAAAUAAAACACUUUUUAUUUGGAUUUAAAGCAAAAGAAGUGGGAUGACAGAAGGUAUCCCUCCACUUUCAUCAAUUUGCAAUUAUUGGCAAACAGGUUAUGCAAAUACUAAUAAAGAUGAUCUGGAAAUGACAAGGAGGAUCCAAAUUCUAGAGCUAAUAUUGUCACAGGAAAGGUUAAGACCUUGAAGUUGUUUAAGUUCAUUUUCUUAGCAGGUAUGUUUGCAUAUAUGUACUUAAAGUGGGUACGCUUCUGGGGAAUCUGCUGCAUAUGCUCCAAGGUUCACCAGUGAGACGCAGAAAGCCGCGCAGUGAGAGAGGUGUGGUUGGAUCUUUUUCCCUUACUCCUACUCAUAAGUAUAUCCCGUAAGAGUUCUAUAGUGUCUUCUAUGUAUUUCAGUAUUAUGUGUUUGUAUUUUAAAUGCUUCAAUAGUCAAAACUUGGACAGCAAGUCUAUGGAGUCUGAGGAAGCAAGUUUGACAAACAAUUGCUUCCCUGCUCACAUCCUUGCUUGAUGCCCAAGUAAUUGUUCUUAUAAAAUGCAUGUUAACCCUCAAGUUGCAGAAAACAUAAUAUUUCAGAAAUAUAUUUAAAAUCUCUCUCUCUCUCUCUCUUCUUGACCUCAUUCAUCUCUGCAUUUUUUCUCAGCUUCUAAGCUGGAAAACCUCAAUUCCCCUGCAUAUACUUUUGCCAAUAUUAUCAUCCCUCUCGUUGUCAGUUCAUAUCCAGGACAAAAGAACCUACUCUCUUUGUUUGGUAUUUGAGGGGUCAGCAUCAUGUCAAAUGAUGUGGGAAAACCUUCACUCGGGAAGCUAACUGAUAGUCAAAGGGAUGAGUUGCUACUGCAGUUAGCUGAACAAGUUCAGAAUCUAAAAACUCGUGUGAGAGCGCUUGAGUUGCAGAACUCGAAGCCACCAACUGAUUUAUCAGUGAAUGGAAAAAAGGAAUCUGUCCAAAUUGUUUCACAUGAAAGACCAGAGGCCGCAGAAGAUGUUCAACAGCUUGACCAACCAACUAACCCAACUGAAAAAAGAGUUGUGGCAAAAAGGCCUCUGCAGAUGCCUCAACCACCAUCAAGUCGACCUUUACUAAACGGACCCCUCAAUGAAAAUCAAGGUACUAUGGGGAACAUCAGAAAGAAGGUCAAAAUGGACUUACCAGAUUUUGAUGGAAAGCUCAAUCCAACUAUAUUUGCCGAUUGGCUAUCAGCUAUGGAGGACUAUUUUGACUGGUAUGACUUGUCUGAUGAGCGGAGGGUUACAUUUGCUAAAAUGAAGCUAACUGCUCUUGCAAAAGAGGUGGUGAAGUCCACAAAUAUGACAAAUAUCAAGCAUUAAGGCAGACACCAGAAUUAAUUAUAAAUGAAUUCAACAGGUUAAGAAUAUUCACAAAAAAAUGGCACAUGGAAUGAAGGGAUACCUCAAAACAAUCAGGAGAUGUAAUCAACCAUUAGUAGUCAAGAAUACGCAACUAAGGGGCAGAAGUAUGUAAGAUUAUCAAAAACUCAAUAAACUGAUGAUCCAUAUAACCACCAUAGGACAAUUGCCUCUGCUAUAUAUAUUCAAGAUCAAUAUAAGGAUAGAGGUCGUAUACGUGUGUUACUUUUUCGUUAAUCGAUAUGCAGCAGGUCUAUACUGGCGUAUUAUUUGUCCACGAAACAUUGACUUUCCGAGCUUAAAUUCAAUAAGCGGAUCGUGGUGGCACAAAGGAUGAAAAGAUGGAACAUAAAGAGUAAUCAGGUAUAUUCAUUCUCUUAGCAAACUGGCAUCAAAUUAUUGAAAUGGUAAGUCGAAAGAAAAUCCAUGGUCCCAUUCCAUAUAUCCCUUGUUUAGAAUCUUUCACUUAUGAUCGAAAAUACAAGGUGUUUAACUUUCCUUAAAUGGUCAGUUUCAUAAGGCAGAAACUCCAGUCAAUACAACAAUCAGCUGAAACCAUUUCAAAAAAAUCACAAAGUACUCAUUUAAGUUCAUACACUACCUUCCCCCUUGGUCCAAGAUAGAAUAAUAGCAAGAAAAUACAAGGACAGGAAACUGCUUAUUGUCAAUAGAACAAAAUAUGUUCACUCUUAAAUGGAAGCACUAAAUUUCAAAUUGCUAACACAAACACCAAAAUAUCCAACAAGCAAACAAAUUAUGCACUUAAAGAAAAAGACUGGAUUUAAUUUUUUUUAAAAAGUACUAUUCUUAAAUUGGAUCAAACUGCUCUAAAUUAACAUAAUAAGUAAAGAUAGAGAAAAUU